UCACUGUUUUAGGAAACGUGGCCUUAAGCAGACUCCAACUGCAGCGGCGGUUGUGUGGAUGAAUGAGAAACACGCAGCUUCCAGCCGCCACCUCCUUCCGUCUCUACGUCUCCUCCGCAGCCCCAGCUCUGCGCCUGAAGUCCGUCUCUAAAAAGAACCAUGUCUGAGGCAGAACCAGUCCCGGCCUCGGCCCCGGAGGCCGCCGCCGCCGCUGUCCUGGAAGCCCUGAACGCCACGGACUCCAACGGCACCGAGGCGCUCAACGUUACGGCCAAAUUCGUGGCCACCGCGGAAGGCACGGCGCUCGCAUAUGGCAGCCUGGUGUUCAUGGCGCUCCUGCCCAUCUUCUUCGGGGCCCUGCGCUCCGUCACCUGCUCCAAAUCGAAGGAGCUCGGAGAAAAUGAUUGCCAUUCUGGGUUCAGAAAUGCAGCGGAUAUGCCAGAAACCAUCACCAGUCGCGACGCGGCGAGGUUUCCCAUCAUCGCCAGCUGCACCCUGUUUGGACUCUACCUAUUUUUCAAGGUAUUUUCUCAAGAGUACAUCAACCUGCUGCUGUCCGUCUACUUCUUCGCGCUGGGCGUCCUGGCUAUGUCUCACACUAUGAGUCCUCUGAUGUCCAGAAUCUUUCCAGAUUCGUUCCCAAACAAACAGUUUCAGCUGCUCUUCACUCAGGGCUCCGGAGAGUCCAAAGAAGAAAUAGUCAACUAUGAGUUUGACACCAAGAACCUGGUGUGUCUGGUCAUCAGCAGCGUGGUUGGAGUCUGGUACCUGCUUAAAAAGCACUGGAUAGCCAAUAACCUCUUUGGCCUUGCCUUCGCCCUGAAUGGCGUGGAGCUGCUCCACCUGAACAACGUCAGUACCGGCUGCAUCCUGCUGGGAGGGCUGUUCGUCUACGACGUGUUCUGGGUGUUUGGUACCAACGUCAUGGUGACGGUUGCCAGGUCCUUUGAAGCACCAAUCAAACUGGUGUUUCCUCAGGACCUGUUGGAGAAAGGUCUUGAUGCCAGUAACUUUGCCAUGCUUGGUCUUGGUGACAUCGUCAUCCCAGGUAUCUUCAUCGCCCUGUUGCUGCGCUUCGACGUCAGCUUAAAGAAGAACAGCAGGACGUAUUUCUACUCCAGCUUCCUGGCCUACAUCUUUGGACUGGGCCUCACCAUCUUCGUCAUGCACACCUUCAAACACGCACAGCCCGCUCUGCUGUACCUGGUCCCCGCCUGUAUCGGCUUCCCCGUCCUCGUAGCAUUGCUCAAGGGAGAGCUCACAGAGAUGUUCAGGUACGAGGAGACCCCACCUGAGGAGGAAGGUGCUAAAGAGGAGUCGUCAGAAUCAGAGAAGAAAGACCAAUAGCCUCCAUCACUGUCUGCCCCGCCCCGCACCCACCGUCAUCCAGCCUGCUGCCGCCCGCCACCACAUUUCACUGAAGCCCCUCCCCCCUCCUGCCUCUCUAGCUUCCUGGGGAGAUGGAGCUCAUGUCGCCAACGUGUUUGUCCUUUAAAAGCCAUGGGAGCGGCCGCUGGUCUCCGUGGUAACGGCUGCUGUCGUGCGACCGGUGGUGGUGUUUCUAAUUAAAGGUUGUCACGUAACAACAGCAGAGAGUCGGUGCCUGCCAUGACUCCUCUCUGUCUCAGCAUCAUCAGAUCUGUGUGUGAUCUCGUGUGUUUGCAGCCUGUCGGCUCAGAUAGACCAGGAAACAUGCAGAGCGCUUGGUUUUGUCUUUUCACAGCCUCAAAAGAAGAAGAAGAAAAAAAGAUCACACUUCUUUUUUUUUUUUCCCCCGGGUGUAUUUGUUGCUGUGCUGCUCUUCACUAUGCCUUCUACUUUCUCACAUCUGUGUUUUCUGUUGUUAUAGUUUUUCUCAGUUAAACUUUUUUGCGUCAAAGGCCAGAAUUUUAAGAUGAAAAAUCCAGUUUAGUUUUAAUUGUAUUCAGUUUUUUCUCCAUUUGUCAAAGCCAUGGUGUAUUUAUAUGGACAUGUGUAAAUACUGAGCGUACGCGUGAAUCAGCUGCUUUACCAGGAAAUAAAUUUCACCUCUGAUCAGGCCUGAGGUGCUAAUAUGGCGUCGUGCUGUGAUCAUGUUUAGUUGUUUGCUGCAGCAGCUGCAGGUCUCAUUGUCAUUGACAAGCUGCUUCUGUUGUUGUGCUCUUUAUUAUUAUUUUUUAAGUCAGUAAGUUCAGAAGUAAUGGGUUCUUUAUUGGCUCAAGUCCCAUCCUUCCAGGUUUCGUGGAAAUCUGUUUAGUGUUUUUUGCGUAAUCCUGCUGAUGUACAAACAGAUGAGGGUAAAAAAGCAUGACCUCCUUGUCAGAGGUAAAAAAGCUGCUUCCUGUAGUUUUUAUCAGGGAGGGAUUAGGGAUUAUUUUUUAAGCAGCAGUUUAAUCCACAUGUGGGAUGGGAUUUGACGACAUUAAGAAAAAUAGAAUAAAACAUUUAGCCUUUAGGAGUAAAAAGAAAAAUACUGCAGAGAUUUUAUCCAUCACAUGGAUCAUUGUGUCCAUCUUCAUUCCAUUUUAUGAGAUAACAUAGAGCACACUGAAUGGAAACAUUCAAAUGUUGUUCGUUUGUCCAGACUGAGUAACAAUGUGCCUGUCAGACGGUUCAGAGCGGUGAACUCCUUGUGGAUAAUUUGAAGUUAAAAUGGACAACAGCUGUUUCCUCAAGCUCAACUUCUUCAUGACUUCUGGUUAUUCAGAGUCUGAAAGUUUAACGGGUUUAGUCUUAACGUUCAGGCCUGUGGGAGGAGGAGGCAGACUGAACCUCCUCGUUUUCUGAUGAAGCAAGGGGAGGGGCCCUGUAGCCUCCUCAUCGUUCUCUGUGUGAGAGGGACGCGGGAGGUUAAGGGAAUCUCUCAACAGCAUCCUCAGACUGACGUAUCUGAUCUGGAUUUGAACAAGCUUGUUUUUUUUUUCAUAAGCAACUAUUAAAAUGACUGCUGCUUUUCUACUUGAUUGAUCUGAAAAGUUAUAUUUCAUCCAAACAUUCCCUGGUUAGAGCUUUUCCACAGUGAGGCCUUUCUGUUUUUAUGUAAUUGCAAGGAAAUUAUUUUGUGUUCUUGAACAAAAUGAGAUAUUAAUUAUGCCAAACAAUUUGUCAUCAGAUUAAAAUUAAUCAACAAUAAAAAUAUUCAUCAACUGCUGCCCCAAAAUUAAGGAGGCCUUAAGUUUUCCUAGCAAAGACACCAUCUCCCUUUUUGUUUUUCUCCUUAUGUCAGGAAGACGUCUAUUCAAAGAUGAGUUUUGCAUGACAAUAUUUUAGUAUUAAUACGUAACAGAAAGCAGCUUCUGUUCACUGUCGACACAUUAAACUGUAAAUCAGAUGGAUGACUCAUCUCUACUUCACUUUUGGGAGCUGAAACUCAUUGUAGUGACUUGAUAAAUUAACUGCCGGUGCCGACAGUCUGCAUUUUUUUUUUUUUAUCAGUUCGGCUAAGUCUCCUUCACACUUCUAAUGUCUUGUAUGACUGAGUUCUAAGAGGUAAGCUACAUUUUUAUGAAAAAGUCUGAAUUCUUAGAGAAAUGUCAGAAUUUAUAGUUAAAAUUCAGCAAUUUACUAUCACACCUUAAGCUGGGUGAUCCACAAAAGACGGAUCCAAACAACAAAGGUCAAAAUUGAAGCAAUUAAGCUGAAAUUAGUUUUAGUCCCUAGUAAUUAAAAAGGGGAAUUGGUGAUAUUUUCCUUAUGAUUAGUUUAACACGGAACUCAGAAUUUGUACUGUUUAUCAGUUGGACUGUUGCUAUUUAUUGGCAUUUGGAAAGAGUCUCCUUCUGUAUGUCGUGCCACAGAAACCAUUUAGAAAUCUUUGAUGAAAUACAGCACGAUGUCCUGGACAUGAGUGUUAUCACUUUGUAGUCUAUUUACCUUUCUUUUUUUUUUACAGUACAAAUCUACAAGUUUUUGGUGCUUGAGAAAGACUGACUGGAUGUAUUCAGCCUCACUUAGGAGUUUUGUAUUGUUAUGUAUAAAAAACAAGCAAAAGGAUCAUUGUCAUUUACAACUCAGUGGAGUUCAGUAUCGCCUCGUGUUAAGUAUAAUGUACCUGAAUUUUUUUCUUUUCUUUCUCUCUCAUUGUUUUUGUGUAGGAGGUUGUUUGAUGGCCCAGACUGUAUUUUAUUUGCAAUAAACGUUUUGGUGUUUUGAUCACCAUAUAGAGAAGCAUAA